ACCCCCAACCGUCCUUAUAAAAAUGCCGUUGCCACGGCCGGCCUUUCUUCGACUUCCAGUGCUGGUGCUGGAUCUGUUUCUACAAAGAUUACAGUUUAAUGGAUGCCCCUUGCUUAGAGCCCUAAUUAUCUCUCGGCUGUAUCAUCGGAUUUUGCUACUUCGGUUUUGGGUUGGAACCAUGUCGGCUCGGCACCAAGUGUUUGAAAAUGGACUUGAGCAAGUUGAACUGCUUCCAGCGACCAAUGAUGACCAUGGAGGAGUCAUUGUGGAGAUGAAGGGGUCUAUGGCCUCCGAGGUCUUUGCAACUUUGCUUAGAGCUUCGGUCUCUGAGUGGAGGCGACAGGGCAAGAAGGGUGUCUGGAUUAAACUGCCCAUUGGUCUUGCAAAUCUGGUGGAUCCUGCAGUGAAGGAGGGAUUUUGUUACCACCAUGCCGAGCCAAAUUACCUGAUGCUGGUUUACUGGAUUCCUGAUACUAGCAGUACUAUUCCUCUAAAUGCUUCACACUGUGUAGGUAUUGGUGCUAUUGUUUUGAAUGAUAAAAGAGAGCUUCUUGUAGUUCAGGAAAAGAGUGGUAUAUUCCAAGAUACAGGGGUGUGGAAAAUCCCUACCGGGGUUGUUGAGGAGGAGCUCUUCAAUCUACAGGGUGAGAAUCUUUUCAUGGCAGCUAAAAGAGAAGUAAAAGAAGAAACGGGGAUCGACACGGAAUUUCAGGAGAUACUAGCAUUCAGGCAGUCGCACAAGGUGUUCUUUCAGAAGUCAGAUCUAUUUUUCAUUUGCAUGAUGCGCCCUCUAUCCUUUGACAUCGAGAAGCAAGAACUAGAGAUUGCAGCAGCCCAGUGGAUGCCGUUGGAGGAAUAUGCAGAUCAACCUUCGACCCAGAAGCACAAGAUUUUCAAGUACAUUGCUGACCUAUGCUUGGCGAAGAUGCAGAGUGACUACACUGGAUUAUCACCCCUGCGUAUAACUUCAGCUUUCAACAACAAUUUUAGUUAUCUAUAUUUGAACAGCCGGGAUCUGAACGUUUCCUCAAACUCUUCUGAUCAAUCUUAGAUAAAAAUACAAUUGGUGAUUAUUGUAUGAAAUCCCGAUUAUAUUUUAUUAUAUUUUUAACAAGCAAAUGCUCUGCUUCUCUCUAUGAUGAGGUACAAUGCAGAGUCAGACCAAUAGAAUUGGUGUUUUUUUUUUUUUUUCUUCUAUAUGCAUUAGACGAAAUUAGGCACUUUUAUUGGCAUGUUUGAGUUGCGACGCUGCAGGGUGGUUUAAGUACCGUGUUUGUAAACAGAGAUGGAUGGCAGAAAGCACUCUGUAGUGGUCUUAAUUGUGAUUAAGUCUUGGUUGUGUUGAGCUGAGCAAAUCCCACUUUAUGUUGUACUAGUUUACUGCUUAUACGAAGGUGUCACUUGAAUACCUGAGAGAUCUGCGGGAUGUGUCAUCAGUGUAUUACUAUUAACAGCAUUGUCCCCAUUGUUGUUAGUAUAUGGGUCUUAAAACUGAGUUAGAAGACUGGAUGAUACUCACAACAACGUUGCUUGUAUGAACUGCACAAUUUGUCAGUAUCCAUGCCAUGCACCGGCUCCACCUCUCUCUGGCUAUCCUUUGUAUGGAAAUCCACCGCCACAGCUGCUUGCUCAAGGAAAUUACCAACCAACUCAGGUUGUUCGGUGCGGUGCUGCCAAUACCCUCCUCCCACCCUAACUACGGUUACGUGCCUUAUGUCAUAUGACAACUAUUCCGCUUUCCCCUUCUUGAAAUGAAAAUAGUUUGUAUUCA